GGUCCUACCGUGUCUGUGCAGUUGUUUUUUGCCACGCAGGCACAGAGAAGUCAACCAACCGCAGUGGAUGGGUGGGAUCAAACCGAACAGGCUGAUAGCCACGUAGCUAGCUACCAACGUUAGCUGUGCAGCUAACGUCAGCGAGCGACAGUUACAAUGGACUUGCCACAUCAUGGGUACCGAGCAACUAAGCAGAGGGCUCGUGCAGCUCCUCCUCAGGCAGAUCCUGUCCUUUUUGAAGACACCAGCUCCUCUGCAUCAGCAAUGAAUACUCAGGGAUAUUACACGCCGGGGUACAAUAUGGGAGCACCCUCGUCAGACAUGCAAGGAGGUGCUGGCAUGGACAACCUUUUUGCUGACCCAAUGGCAAAUGCUGCAAUGAUGUACGGCUCAUCCUUAGCCAACCAAGGAAAGGAUAUGGUAAACAAAGAGAUCAGCAGAUUCAUGUCUGUGAACAAGCUGAAGUACUUCUUUGCUGUUGACACCAGAUAUGUACUGAAGAAACUUAUGAUCCUCAUGUUCCCUUAUACACAUCAGGACUGGGAAGUUAGAUACCAUCGCGACACUCCACUAACUCCAAGACAGGAUGUAAAUGCACCUGAUCUUUACAUACCAACAAUGGCUUUUAUUACCUACAUCUUACUUGCUGGAAUGGCCCUUGGCAUUCAAAAAAGGUUCAGUCCAGAGGUUCUUGGAUUGUGUGCCAGCACUGCCCUCGUGUGGAUCAUCAUUGAAGUGUUGGUCAUGUUGUUGAGCUUGUACUUGCUCACAGUGCACAGUGACCUCUCAACCUUUGAUCUCAUUGCCUACAGUGGAUACAAAUACGUUGGGAUGAUCUUCACAGUGCUGUGUGGCUUACUGUUUGGCAGUGAUGGUUAUUUCGUGGCUCUUGCCUGGUCCUCUUGUGCCCUUAUGUUUUUCAUUGUCCGCUCUCUGAAAAUGAAGAUCCUUCCUUCGAUCUCUGCAGACUCCAUGGGAACUGGAAGUGCCAAACCUCAGCUCCGACUUUAUAUCACUGUGGCCACCGCUGUUUUCCAGCCAAUCAUUAUAUACUGGUUAACCUCUCACUUGGUCAGGUGACCGUGAGGCUUUUAAAUAACCUGAGGUCCAUGUGUGUUGGACCCAAAAAGUGUGGUUGUUGAAUAUUUGUACACCUGCCUUUAUAUGCUCUUUCGUCAGUGAACUCAAAACAUGUAGACAGUGUUGAGCUGCAGUGUGUGUUCAGCUUAUCAGAUGAACAUGUUUAGAGUAAAAUGAUCGCUGUCUUGUAAUCAGCACAGUGAGUGGAUUCCAUGUGAGACUGCAAAACUCUCAGAAACAAACUUGUAUGACAUCAGUGUUCAGUCACCUGACCUGUUUUGGCCACAUACGUUUGAGGACAAGGGCUUUGAUUGUAAGAUUAUUUUGAUUAUGGCUCAAAGUUUGAUUUACUUUUCUCUGUUUUUUCCAGUAUUUACAUCACACUGCCACCCAGCACACAUCACACAGACUGAAACACAAAUGUUCCAUUUGUUGUACCGCUUUUCUGGUACGGUAAUGUUGCUACAUUAUCUCACUUUUCUCCUUGAAGUCAUGGAUUUAUUUAUCUAAAAUUGACUAAGCAUGACAAUGGUUGGACUUUUUGUAGAAAAUAAAUAUAUCUAGCUUUGUGUAUUAAAUUUUAACUUUUGCUCAGCUUC